AUGGAUGCUAUCCAGGGCGUUUCUUACGCCCUGUCAUUUAAAUGGGCUGUGUCUGGGGACGUGAGCCAAGAUGGAGGAUACUGUGCCGCUCAAGGGGUCCUUCAGCAAUUUGGCGAUGCAGGAACGGCCCUUUCAGCAUUUUUGGUGGCUUUACUGGUUGUUGCAUAUUAUUUUCACGUCAGCUGGAUUGUGCAUCAUCCGAAGACAGUCUCCUGUUGUCUACUUCUCCUUUUCCCUGCAUUCCUCGUCGUCCUCAUCGUUCCACCACCAUCCUUGAUCCACAACCUCUAUGGGAAUACUGGGCUUUGGUGUUGGAUAGCCCACCACAGCCCUACGAAUGCCAGGCUACAGAUUGGCGUGUGCUAUGCGCUGAUGUGGCUUGCGGCGCUCACGUCAAUUCUGGGAUACGGUUGGGUUCUCAUAGGCACCCUCCGUGGCGCCGAUGCGGCAAGACAGGAAACAGGACGCUCCGGCCAUGUGCCUGUUUAUUCAGUGGAAGAAGCCUGGAGGAUGAUGUGGUACUCCCUUGCGUAUGUUAUUGAGGUAGCGCCAAUUAGCAUCAUUCGGUUAGUGCAAUUCGGUUCAAAGGGUCCAUGCCCUAGCGUAGGACCCGGGUGGAUCAUUUUUGCCGUGGCCGUAUAUGGCGCAUCGGGCCUCAUCAACACUGGCCUUUGGCUAACGACAGGACGCCGCUUCGGAUUCGCAACCGAAGAGGAGCGAAGGAAAACUUCUGAACCCAACCACUCCGAGCCUGACGGGAACGGCAGUGUACCACCCUCACUGAAGGUGUGA